AUGUCCACACCCGCCCUCCUCGUCCGCACUGCCCUUCCCCGCUCCCGGAUCAAGCCCGGGACGAGGCCCUGCCCGGGCCUGCUCCGUCUACGCCAAACCGUCUUGCCCAUCAGCAUUGGCAUCACCUCCGGUCUGGUGGCCUUGACUCAUCAAAGGCCAAUGCGGUUAGACGCCGCCGUGCAGCAGCAGACUCGGACGCUGGCGACGAAUCCACCCAAGAAUAAGGAGGAUGGGCGUUUUUUGAGUGCCGAGACUGUUAAACAGCUUUCGAGGGGGAGUUUAGCGGGCUUUUUCACGGGGUUAAUGGUGAGCGUCUUCUCCAAGACACUUGUCCUGCUGGCAGGAAUUACUAUGCUCAUCUUCCAUGUUGCAGCUCGAAAUGGUAUCGACCUGGUCGCCUACUUCAAGCUUAAAGAGCAUUUCCGGGGUUCUCGGAUCUUAGCCGCGCUAAACCAACACACAGCAUUUAAGCUUUCCUUCGCCCUGGCAUUCGUGCUCUCGGCCUUCAUGUCCUUCUGA